CCGAGCCCCGACAGGGGUGACGAGCUAGGUCUUGGGGCCCAGGGGUGGGGUGGAGCGCGGAGGAGGCCGCAGCCCGCCCCCGCGCCCCAGGGCCAGGCGCUCUGAGAGCCGCUCCGGUCCCCUAGGGUGCGACCAGGGGAGCCCAGCGAGCCCAGUGGUUAGCGAUGCUGCCGCGGUCACUGCUGCCGCCGCUGCUGCUACUGCUUGGGGCGCCGCGGGGCAGUUCCGAGGGCGCGGGGGCGACGCCCAUCCCUGAGUGGGCUCUCGAGUGGCAGGGUAAAGGAGUAUUUAUUAUCCAAAGUGAGAGUCUCAAGAAAUGCAUUCGAACUGGUAAAUCUGUACUGACCCUGGAGAGCUGCAAACAACCAGACAAGAACAUGUUGUGGAAAUGGGUCUCAAACCACCAUCUCUACAACAUAGGAGGCAGCGGUUGCCUGGGCCUGAAUUUAUCAAAUCCGGAGCAACCGUUAAGCUUAUAUGAAUGUGAUUCCACCCAGGUCUCCUUGGGGUGGCGCUGUCAUGGGAAGAUGAUCACGGGCCCGCUCCGGUAUGUGGUCCAGGUGAAGGACGAUGACACAGUGGUGGCCUCCUGGACGUAUGUCCAUAAGUGGAUUUCCUAUCUGUCAGGUGGUGGAGACAUUUGUGAAUAUCUGCACAAAGAUUUGUAUACAAUCAAAGGAAAUGCCCACGGGAUGCCAUGUGUGUUUCCCUUCCAGUACAACCAUCAGUGGCAUCACGAAUGCACCCGAGAAGGCCGUGAUGACGACUUACUGUGGUGUGCCACGACAAGCCGAUACGAGAGAGAUGAAAAGUGGGGAUUUUGCCCAGAUCCCACUUCUGCAGAAGUAAGCUGUGAUGUUGUCUGGGAGAAGAGUCUCGAUUCACACAUUUGCUACCAAUUCAACCUGCUUUCGUCUCUUUCUUGGAGUGAGGCACAUUCUUCAUGCCAUAUGCAAGGAGGUGCUUUAUUGAGCAUUGCAGAUGAAACUGAAGAAAAUUUCAUAAGGAAGCACAUGAGUGGGGACACAGUGGAAGUGUGGAUAGGUCUGAACCAGCUGGAUGACAAGGCUGGCUGGCAGUGGUCUGAUGGAACUCCACUCAGCUACCUUAACUGGAACCCAGAGAUAAAAUUUGAGCCACUUGUUGAAUAUCACUGUGGAAUAUUUAAUUCAUUUACGACAAGGGCCUGGAGGAGUCGGGCUUGUGAAUCCACCUUGCCGUAUAUAUGUAAAAAAUACCUAAACCACACUGAUCACGAAAUAGUUGAAAAAGAUGCUUGGAAAUAUCAUGCUACACACUGUGAGCCUGGUUGGAAUCCCUACAAUCGUAAUUGCUACAAACUUCAGAAAGAAGAAAAGACCUGGAAUGAGGCUUUGCAUUCUUGCCAGUCUGAUAACAGUACACUAAUAGACACCGUUUCAUUAGCAGAGGUGGAGUUUCUCGUCACCCUCCUUGGAGAUGAAAAUGCAUCAGAAACAUGGAUUGGUUUGAGCAGCAAUAAAAUUCCAGUUUCCUUUGAAUGGUCUGAUGGCUCUUCAGUCAUCUUCACCAAUUGGAACACCCAUGAGCCACAAAUUUUUCCAAAUAGACACCAGCUAUGUGUCUCCGCAGAGCAAUCUGAGGGACGCUGGAAAGUUAAAAACUGUGAAGAAACACUUUUUUACAUUUGUGAAAAAGCAGGCCAGGUCCCUUCUGAUGCUGAAACAGGAUGUCAAGAGGGAUGGGAGAGACAUGGUGGAUUCUGUUACAAAAUUGACACAGUUCUUCGAAGCUUCGACCACGCUUCCACUGGUUACUACUGUCCUCCUGCACUUGUCACCGUUGCAAACAGGUUCGAACAGGCUUUUAUUACCAGUUUGAUCAGUAGUGUGGUGAAAACGAAGGACAGUUAUUUUUGGAUAGCUCUUCAAGACCAAAAUGAGACGGGAGAGUACACGUGGAAGACAGCAGGGCGGGCGUCGGAGCAGGUGCGGUACACGCACUGGAACGCACGUCAGCCCAGCUACAGUGGUGGCUGUGUUGCCAUGCGAGGAAGGUAUCCACUUGGUCGCUGGGAAGUAAAGGACUGCAGACAUUUUAAGGCAAUGUCCCUGUGCAAGCAGCCAGUUGAAACCCAGGAAAAAACUGAGCAUGAAGAGAGAUGGCCCUUUCACCCCUGCUAUUUGGACUGGGAAUCAGAGUCCGGUCUGGCCAGUUGCUUCAAGGUAUUUCAUAGUGAAAAAGUCCUGGGGAAAAGAACAUGGAGAGAAGCUGAAGCAUUUUGUGAAGAAUUUGGAGCUCAUCUUGCAAGCUUUGCCCAUAUUGAAGAAGAGAAUUUUGUGAAUGAUCUCUUACAUUCAAAAUUUAAUCGCACAGAAGAAAGGCAGUUCUGGAUUGGAUUUAAUAAAAGAAACCCACUGAAUGCUGGCUCCUGGGAGUGGUCUGACGGAACUCCUGUUGUCUCUUCAUUUUUAGACAAUAUUUAUUUGGAAGAAGAUGCAAGAAAUUGUGCUGUGUUUAAGGCAAACAAAACCUUGCUACCCUUGCACUGUGAUUCCAAACGCGAGUGGAUAUGCAAAAUUCCAAGAGACGUGAGACCCAAGACUCCAUCCUGGUACCAGUACGAUGCACCCUGGCUCUUCUAUCAGGACUCAGAAUACCUUUUUCACACCUAUGCCUCAGACUGGUCUGCCGUUGCGUUUGUCUGUGCCUGGCUGCGCGGUGAUCUUCUCACAAUUCACUCCGCACACGAGCAGGAAUUCAUCCACAGCAAAAUAAAAGUGUUGUCAAAGUAUGGUGCAAACUGGUGGAUGGGACUUCAAGAAGAAACAGCCAAUGAUGAAUUUCGCUGGAGAGAUGGAACACCAGUAAUAUACCAGAACUGGGACAAAGGGAGAGAAAUAUCUGUGACUAAUCAGAGCUUGAGAUGUGGCUUCAUUUCUUCCAUAACAGGACUCUGGGGUAGUGAAGAGUGUUCAGUUUCUAUGCCAAGUAUCUGUAAGAGAAAGAAGAUUUGGGUCAUCGAGAAAGAGAAUAAUACACCAAAACAACACGGAACAUGUCCCAAGGGAUGGCUGUAUUUUAACUAUAAGUGUCUUUUGAUGAAUAUCCCCAAAGACCCAAGCAAUCAGAAGAGCUGGACAGGUGCUCGGGAUUUCUGUGUUGAAGCAGGAGGGACACUGGUGGCCAUUGAAAGUGAAGUGGAGCAAGCUUUCAUUACUAUGAAUCUUUUUGGCCAGACCACUAAUGUGUGGAUAGGGUUACAAAAUAGUAAUUAUGAAAAAUGGCUAAAUGGAAAGCCUGUGGCAUAUUCUAACUGGUCUCCAGUUGAUGUAAUAAAUAUUCCAAGUUAUAAUAUCACUGAAGUUCAAAAACACAUUCCUCUCUGUGCCUUGCUGUCAAGUAAUCCUAAUUUUCAUUUCACUGGAAAAUGGUAUUUUGAAGACUGUGGAAAAGAAGGUUAUGGGUUUGUCUGUGAAAAAAUGCAGGAUACUUCCGGACAUGAUAUAAAUACAUCUGACAUGUAUCCAGUCCCCAAUACCUUAGAAUAUGGAAACAGAACUUACAAAAUAAUUCAUGCAAAUAUGACGUGGUAUGCAGCAAUAAAAACCUGCUUGGUGCAUGGAGCAGACUUAGUCAGCAUUGCAGACCAGUAUCACCAGUCCUUUCUCACUGUUGUCCUCAACCGGCUAGGUCGUGCCCACUGGAUUGGACUGUUCACCGCAGAUAAUGGUCUUCAUUUUGACUGGUCAGAUGGCACCAAAUCCUCUUUCACUUUUUGGAAAGAUGAGGCGUCAUCCUUCCUUGGCGACUGUGUUUAUGCCGACACCAGUGGACGCUGGCAUAGCACAGCCUGUGAGUCAUUCUUGCAAGGUGCCAUUUGUCAGGUGCCCACUGAAACAAGACAAUCUGAACACCCAGACUUGUGCUCAGAAACAUCUAUUCCCUGGAUAAAAUUUAAAAGUAAUUGCUACAGUUUUUCUACAGUCCUAGACAGUACGAGUUUUGAGGCUGCUUAUGAAUUUUGCAAAAAGGAAGGAUCUAAUCUUUUAACCAUCAAAGAUGAGACUGAAAAUGCAUUUCUCCUACAAGAGCUUUUUGCUUUUGGUUCUUCCGUCCAGAUGGUUUGGUUGAAUGCUCAAUUUGAUAGUAACAAUGAAACCAUAAAGUGGUUUGAUGGAACUCCCACUGACCAAUCAAACUGGGGCAUUCGGGAGCCAGCCAGGGAGCACUUCACGCCCCAUCAGUGUGUGGCCCUAAGGCUCCCUGAAGGAGUGUGGCAGCUAUCUCCCUGUCAAGAAAAAAAGGGCUUUAUAUGUAAAAUGGAGGCAGAUAUUCACACUACAAAGGAGCAUCCAGGAAAAGGACCAAAUCACAGUGUGGUUCCUCUUGCAGUAGCACUGACCCUGAUAAUAAUUCUGGCCAUUUUCACACUUUCUUUCUGCAUGUAUAAGCAAAACAGUGGCUUUUGCAGGAGACUUGCAGGGUUUCAGAGCCCUUACUAUCCUACAACCAACUUUAGUACAGUUCAUUUGGAAGAAAAUAUUCUCAUUUCUGAUCUUGAGAAGAAUGACUAGUAAUCAUGAAAUCAGAGAAUGCUACAGCCAAGAGGUUGAGUAAAGAAGAUGAAACCUGGCUUGUCUUCUAAGUUUCCCCUUGUAGACCAGAUGCCGUUAGAAUGUGAAUUGGGUCCCUAUUUGAAUUUUAAUUAUAACCAAAUUAGAUAGGUUUUGAUUUAGUCAUUUUGCUAAACUGUGAUCCAUUCUUAAAAAGGGGAAAUUCUGCAGUGGUUGUUAUUCAGAAAGACAAGAACUAUGGAAAGAAACUCUCUACUGAAAACUCUCAAACCAAUAUGAACAAUAGUUUUUUCUAAAAUUUUUUGGAAAUUUUAAAACUAAUCUGUAAAUAUGCAAACAUUUACUCACCCUCUGAUGAGAGAAAAGAAAAGCAAAAAAAAAUUUUUUUAAUCCAAAAGUCAUAUUUAUAUAGGAGAGGAAUACAAAAGUCUUCUGAAAUGUUUCUUGUUUGCUUAAUUCCAUUUUUAAUAGCAAGGUUUGGAAAAUACUAAUUUCUAAGCUUAAGGGUUGGAGGCUCUGGGUUCUACACCAAUAUUUAUGGUGAUAUUUGCUUUUAUUAGGUCUGACUUCUCAAGCUAAAGGAGAAGAAGUGAUGGCUUUCUUUGAAUACUAAUGAUCUUGGUUAGCAACACACAUUCAUAAGCAACUACACAGUUUAGAUGUGCCAUUAAACCUUCAAUCACUACUAUCAAAUGAGUUUGAUAUUUUAAAAAAAUGCUUUACAGGUAAGCUUAAAGGAAUAUUUUGGGAUUUUAAUCCUGUUAAACUCAUGGACUUUAUUAAAAACUAAAGAUAUUAAUAAAUGACACGUAACCAGAAGAUAUAUACCUUUAAUUUAAAGGAGAAAAAUUGAAGACCUGAAUUAUAACUAGAGGAUAUGUUGAAAAGUACCAAAUGAAUUACAUUUCAGUAGUAAUAUAGAUACUUUUAUUGUAGUAUAAAUGAGUUUAUUUUAGGUGUUUUAUUUAAUAAACCAUGAUUUCUGGGAACCAUCAUCCUUUACAAUAUAUUGCACUAGUUAUUCCAGUUGGGAAAAAAUAGUUGAAAGUAUAAUACUGUCUGUAAAUUUUUAUAAAUCACCUUCAUUAAUUGCUUUUGAAGAAAUUAAAAGGAGGUUUGGUUUUCCUUCAUUAAUUUCUUUUAGAGAAAAAUGGCUCCAUAAUCAGUAUUUAAAAGUUUACUCAUUACAUAGAUGUUUGUUGAGUUCUGAUUAAGAACAAGUGCUAUUCUAGAAAUGGGGGUACUAAAGUGAGCAAGCCAAUGGAGUCUCUUGUUUUCCAAUCAGAAAAGCUGAUAUUAACCAGGAAAGAAAUACAUAUGUCGAAAAUAGCAGGUGGAUAUUAAACUUUUAAGUAAGGUCCUGUAAUAGAGGAAACUCGGAGCCUCUCUGUAUAUGAUUUAAUUAUUACAACCACUGUCUCAAAACUGGUGGCCGCUAGUCCCAAGGAGGAGCUCCGAGAGAAAGUAUGAAUGAAUUUCUCAGGGGCAAACCAUCGUCAUUAUAAAUGCAGUUUGAAGACCAGGCCCCACCAAUGGAGCUCUAGUGCCCUGAAAUAGUUCAUAAAGCUUCCAAAUGCUGCACUUUGCUGUUGCUCCAUUGUUUAGACUCUGGGACAAUCUACCGUCAUUUCUUUUUAAGUUUUGAUGCUUCAUUUUAUUUAAAAGAUAUUAUAUUAUGUGGCAGUUGUAUAUUUCUGACUCAAAAGAAUAAUUGACUCAAACUAACCAGAUGGUAUAAAAGCCCACUUUAACAAUCUGUCAAGUAAAAUUAAAGUUCUGUUCCUUUCAGUGGAAUUGGUAAAACCUGCUAAUCAAUUAGCCUUCCAGUCAAGGUAUACAGUUACACAUAACAAUUUGACAAAAUAUGUCAUUAGGAAAGUGUCUUUGCUCAAAGACACUGUAUUGCGGGUCAGUAUUCUGUAGUUUGACGGUUGAGUAUUAAACCACAUCUCCAGAGAAUCUGUCUCCAUGGACAGGUCAUGUGCUCCCUGCCCUUACUGAAAUUGCAGAAGUAGAAAGUUGUGAAGAAUUCUGCUAUAUUCAUCAUACACAUGCACUUUAAAAUUUUUUUCCACCUCAUCUAUUUUAAUCUGAACUAGAUUGUAUAGCUGGAACAUGUAAAGAAAAAAAGUAGCAGGAUCACAAACGCACACAUAAUCAGCCCAGCCCCACCCCCAAUCAAUUAUUUUCUGUGACUAAUCUGAGUAUCUUUAUAGACUCUGGGUAAUGGAAAAUCUUGGACUUUUCUAAUUAACCAUAUCUUGGGCUCUUCCAAUUACAAGGGUCUUAUUAGAAGUCCCCCUCCCUAUCAAAACUAGGGGAAAACUGAAUAUUUAAAUAAAUAAUAAGUCUUUUGGAGUCUCUUUAUCAUCCUCAAAAAGGCAGUUGGAUAUAUGAGAACUUGCUGUGUCCUUUAGGUAUUGAGGGGUCAAGGUACUAACUGACCAGGCACGUGUGCUAUCUACUGUCCACUGAGAAUGUUGUCUGGUCCCUCUCCUGGGAAUUCUGCCAGCAUCUGCUGUGAAGUCUGUAGUCAAUUAACGUGUGGCGUGUUCUUAUUGAUCCCAGAUCUCCCUGGCAUUGCCUUAUCUCUGGAGAACUGACUGUGACUCCUAUUCGAUUUCUUACCUGGACACUGCAGUUCUUGAUUCCAAGGUCACUUUUCCCCUGUGGUGGUGAGACCCUAUCCAGCACCAUCAGCUACUCUAUUAGGUGGGCGAGGCUAAAUACAGACAGAACAAUCCCCAAAUCUUGGUGGCUUAACACAGCAGAGAUUGAUUCCACCACCAACACCUGAACCAGCUGGCAAGAGGCCUCUGCUCUCUCCAGUCAUUCAUGAGUCCUGGUUCCUCAUACACGGUCAGGCCCGUGCGGUCCUCCAGUGGGUCUACCUGUGGCCAGCAGAGGAAUUAACUCGAGAUCUCUCUUUGAUUAAUUAUGUAGCCUUCGCAGGCUGUUGAAAUACAUUCUCUAAGUAAACAGUUUUGAAUUAGGGACAUACACCCUGACAGUGCAUGAAGAUUUCCAAGAAAACUCAAGGGCAUGGAUAUUUCUAAGGAUCUCAAUUUCCAGAAUUUUUGAUCUUCAUGUGUAAUUUUCCAUAGAACUGACUUUCCUGAGAGCACCCCUGUGACCAAGGUAUCAGGCAGGUUCUUCUUCCUCACCUUUUUUUUGCACAAAUGCCUUUGUCUACCCUUUUAGGGGGUUAAAAAAAAAAGAAAGAAAAGAAAAGAAAAGCGGGGAGGAUGGCUUUUACUCCAGCUCUUUCUGUGUUACUUUACCUUGGGAAAAUUCUUCAUGGCACCAUGAAGAAAGAAAAAAGUUUAAAACAUUGAUGUCAGCAAAGCUGCUUUUAAUAAAGAAAUCAUAAACUCUCAUAAGCCUCAUGUCUUUCCCUGUGUUCAUAUGUUUUUCUGUCAAGGAUAAGAUGAGGAAAUGAGUUAUUUUGCCCCCCAUUCAAAUUCUGAAUUGGUAUGUAUUAUACAAUGAAACCAAAACUCUGCUGAGUACCAUUGUUUGAAACCUUAUCUCCUCCAUCCUUCACCAUUGUCAAAGGAUGUUAUUUCCACAGAGAAAAUAGCUAAGAACCUGGUGACCUGGAUUAUCCAGAUGAAAGGCCUAAGACAAGGCUCUGUGCUAUUUUAGAUUUCUUUUAUUUUUUAUUUUAUUUAUUUAUUUAUUUUAUUUUUUUUGCUAUUUUAGAUUUCUAAGUGAGUUGUAAGGACGAGUAUUAACAAGCUUAUUUGAAAUGAAAAAUGAAAUCAGGCUUUUUCUGAACAUUGUCUUAUUUGGCUCAUUGGUUUGACAAGGAGGAUUGACUUUACCAAUUAAGUUUAUGAUGAACAUUUUUUAUUAACUGGAUAAACUAAAUCGGCAAUUCUCGUGUUCUGAUUAAAACAUGUAACAAGAUAAUGGCAUUUUAAUAGAAAAAUAGUAUUGACAGAAAUAAAAUGAAAUAAUAUCUUAUUUUUCCCAACCCUACUUUGUGUAUCAGGUAAAAAAAGGUGCAUAAGUAAAGACUAUAAUAGGCAAAAUGAAUGGGCAUCAGCAAAGUCUUAGUAAAGCCUUUUAAUUUGAAUACUGGGAAACUGACAAUAUGAAUCACUCUAAUGACUAGGUAACAAACCCUUUGUAGGUGGUGUCUCCAGUUCUUUGCUUUAAGCAAAACUGAAGGAGGAUAUAACAAAGUACUAUGUUGACAUAUAAUGGAAAAUAAUUUUUAAUGUAAUAUCACUGUGCUUUGGGGCACCUAUGAGAAAAGAAUUCAAAUAAUGAAGUAAUACUGCUACAACAAACCUCUUUCCAUUCCCAUCUAUCUAGUUAUAUAAACAAAGUUUCUGUAGUAGCCAAGAUAGGAUAGGAAGUUUGUUUCUUGAUCAUGUAAAGCCUGCUGUGGUUUCAUUGGUUUCCCAGGGCAGCAAACUUCCAAGCAAUGACUCACAAAUCUAGUCUGCACCCUACUCUGGAACACAGGGCUUCUAGUGUUGUGACACUAGAAGUGUUGAGAACUCUUAAGUUCCUGGGUUUAGAAAGCAACACAUGGUGCUUUCAUUCCUGUUAUUGGCCAGAACUAGUCACAUGACCUCAUCUAACUGCAAGGAAGUCCAAGAGGUCUUUCAGUGUGCUCAGAAAGGAGAGGGUAACUGACUAGAGUGAGUACUAGCAGACCUGUACUCUGACAAUUUCUUAGCACACAUAAACACACCUACAAAAAAGGGGGGAUAGGAAUAGAAUUGCUGAAUCCUGACUCAUUCUAGCAAUUUUUAAUUAAUAUUAAUUUUUCUAUACUAUAGACAUUUGAUUAGGAGAUGCAUUUCCUGUAAAAUUGUAAUUUAAUAUGUUUAAUAUGAUCUUUGUAAUACAUUUAUCUUGUUCUGAUCAAUUGUACACAUAUAAUAAAAUAACUCAAUAUAGAAGAAAAUUUAUAACACUUAGAGCCUAUGUUCACGGAGACCUUUAAAAAAUAAUUUUAAUGUAUAUAUACAUAUUUACUGCAGGAAAACAUGACAAGACAGCAAAUAAAAUACUUCAAGAAUAAUGUAUUACAUUAGGAUAAAAUUUGGGGCAAUUGGAACAUAAAUAUAAGAUUAAAGAGAAAAACACUGUUCAAGACCUUAUUUGUGUUUAUUUCUAUUUUUAAAUAGAUUAGGUCAGAAGUCAAAUUUUUAUAGUAUCUCCAUCAAAAAAAUUAGGACUCUUUGAGAAUUCAUUGACUCUAGAUCUGGGCAGAAGCAAUAGAAGAUGAAACUGGAAUAUCAUGUGAGGCCAGAAAAUAAGGAGGUGCUCGCAAAUAAACACAGAAGGAACGAGAGAAAUGGUAGAGAAAAGUCACCAUGAGACAGACACAAAAGUAAAAAUGGUUGUUUACAAGAUUUGCCAGGGGUGCUAAAAUUAGCAGGUGAAUGUUUGCAGAAAAGCGGUUAUUUGCAUAACCUUAAAGUGUCUCCCCAUGAUAGUCACUAAUUAUAACAGGAGAGCUGUAACUUCGCAGUAGAGAAACUUCUUUAAACAAGUGAUCAAGGCUGACCAACUACAAGCCAGAGCAGCAUCGUGAACCCCCCGUCUGAAGCACUGAGAAGGACACGUGGCAUCCAAAGUUCUUGACGUUAUGUGACGGCUUUCCUGCCACAACAAUAGAGUUGAAUGGUUGCAACAGAGACCCAACAGCCUGCAAAACCUAAAAUAUUUA